AUGAAGGAGAAUAUAAUGAAUAUUUUGAAUAUAAUAGAAUACUUGGAGGCUAAAAAUGAAAAGAAAGUGGCAAUGAUGUUUAUAGACGCUGAAAAAGCCUUCGAUAAUGUUUCUUGGAAGUUCAUGAUAAAGCUGUUAGAACAAAUCAGAAGUGGUCCCACGUUUUUAAAAGCAAUAGGAGCAAUCUAUUCAGAACAAAAAGCCAAACUAAUUAUAAAUCAGGUGAUAACGGAUGACUAUAAGAUCCAAAAAGGAACAAGACAAGGAUGCCCAUUAUCACCAUUAUUGUUUAUUCUGGUCUUGGAAGUACUUGCCAAAAACAUAAGAGCAAAUAAAGAGAUUGCAGGUGUAAAAACUGGGAAAAGUGAAUUCAAGUUAAAAGCGUAUGCAGAUGACCUAGUGAUAACAGUGGAAGAACCUAAAACUUCACUCCCUAAAUAUCAUCAGCCAGGAGACCUCAUCAUCGGAGCCAUUGCUUCCCAGGCUUUCAUAAUCUCCAAUCGAAUCAGCUUCACUGAAGAACCCCCACCACCUUUGUUUGAAGAGCUUGCUGCAAUACCUAAGAAUUAUCAGCACAUCCUGGCCUUGGCAUUUGCAGUAAAAGAGAUUAAUGAAAACUUUCACCUCUUGCCCAAUAUCACCUUGGGUUUCCACAUUUAUGAUAACUAUUAUACUGAUAAGUGGACCUACCAUGCUACAAUGCUACUUAUAUACACACUGGGAAGAUUUGUGCCAAAUUACCAAUGUGAUGUCCAAACAAACCUGAUUGGAGUCAUUGGGGGACUGGACCCCCCAACCUCACUUCAAGUGGCAAGACUUGUGGAUAUUUUCAAAAUUCCACAGCUCAUUUAUGGCCCUGCUCCAGUGAUGAAUGAUAAAACACCAGGUAUCCCAUUCUACCAGAUGGUGCCCAGAGAAGACAGUCAGUUUGCAGGGAUUCUUUCUUUGCUGCUGCAUUUCAGGUGGACAUGGAUUGGGCUCCUAACUAUGGAUAAUGACAAUGGAGAAAGAUUUGUGCAAAAUGUAUCUCCGCCUUUUUCUCAGAGUGGUAUCUGCUUUGCCUUCAUAGAAAGAACCCAAACGUUUACUGUUGUCACUGAAAUUAAUGAGAUGUUUAACAAGGGGGGUAAAAUACAUGACAAAAUCAUAGAUAGUAAAGCCAGUGUAGUGGUGGCAUAUGGAGAAUCCUAUGGGAUUGUGUUCUUGAGAUGGUUUCCAUAUCUGUCAGAACAAGAACAUAUAAGGAAGAAGUCAAAAGGUAUUGUGUGGAUAAUAACAGCCCAGGGGGAGUUCAAUUCAAUGGUCUAUCAAAGAACAUGGGAUACAGAAAUGUUCCAUGGAUCUCUCUCAUUUACAAUUCACUCCAAUGAUCUACCAGGAUUUCAAGAAUUUGUUAGAAACAGAAACCCAUCCAGCACCACAGGAGAUGGUUUUAUCAAGGACUUCUGGCAACAGGCUUUUGGCUGUCUCCACGAGUUUUUGAAAAGGGUCUCAUUUAACAAUAGUGCUGGGGAGAGAGUCUCCUUUGACCAGAAUGGGGAGUUUGCAGCUGGCUUUGAUAUUGAUAACUGGAUAUUCCUAAAAAAUGAAUCCUUUCAUAGAAUAAAAGUUGGGAGGACCGACCCCCUGGCUUCUCCAGACCAAGUGUUCACCAUCAAUGAGAAUGUCAUAACAUGGCACAAGGGAUUUAAUCAGGCACAGCCUCUUUCUGUCUGUACUGGGAGCUGCAAUCCUGGUUUUAGCAAAAAAGUGAAGGAGGGGGAGGCAUCUUGCUGCUAUGAUUGUAUCCCAUGCCCAGGAGGGAAGAUUUCAGAUCAAAUUGAUAUGAAUGAUUGUCAUAAAUGCACAAAUGAAAAAUAUGCAAACAAAAAGCAGGAUUUUUGUAUUCCCAAGAAUUUCAGCUUUCUGUCUUAUGAAGAACCUUUGAGUCUCUGCUUAAUUACUUUAGCUCUUUCAUUUUCUAUGAUGACAGCUUUAGUGCUAGGAAUAUUUAUGAAGCACCACAACACUCCCAUUGUCAAAGCUAACAACCGGGACCUCACCUAUACUCUGCUCAUCUCCCUGUUCCUCUGCUUCCUUUGUGCAUUUUUAUUUAUUGGACAACCCCAGAAGGUAAUGUGUUUCCUUCGACAAACUACUUUCAGCAUCAUUUUCUCAGUCGCUGUUUCUUGUGUGCUGGCAAAAACGACCACAGUGGUUCUGGCUUUCAUGGCCACCAAACCUGGAUCCAAAAUGAGGAAGUGGGUGGGGAAGAGUUUGGCCAACUCCAUUGUUCUUUCCUGCUCCCUCAUCCAAGCACUUAUUUGUACUGUUUGGCUUGCAACCUCUCCCCCAUUCCCAGAUGUUGACAUGCACUCCUUGACUUCAGAAAUUGUAUUAGAAUGCAAUGAGGGGUGUGUGACUAUGUUCUACUGUGUUCUUGGCUACAUGGGCCUCCUGGCAACAGUCAGUUUCACUGUGGCUUUCCUUUCCAGAAAGUUACCCGACACUUUCAAUGAAGCCAAGUUCAUCACUUUCAGCAUGUUGGUCUUUUGCAGUGUUUGGUUAUCGUUUAUUCCCUCCUACCUGAGCACAAAGGGAAAAUACAUGGUUGCAGUGGAGAUCUUCUCUAUUUUAGCCUCCAGUGCUGGACUGCUGGGUUGCAUCUUUGCACCCAAAUGUUACAUUAUUAUGCUAAGGCCUGAAUUGAACAGCAAGAAACAUCUAAUAAGUAGAAAGGAUUGA